CGCUCCCUCUGUCACAACCUUUAAAAGGGGCUCUGCGACUGUAACGUAUAAAUGCUUUAAUUUUAUCAAAACUGAUAUUUAGAUAAAUCAACUGCGCAGAAGAAUGUCUGAAUUUUAUUAGAAAACUACAUUAAUACUGUUUUCAGGAGACACCACCUAUGAGGAGUACACCAUGAGGACUGUCCUCUGUAUGUGUGUGCUGGUCCUGCUCCUUCCAUGGAAACUAAAUGGUACUCUAACCCUCAACCCAAAUGUCUCCACACUGCAUGAAGGUACUUCUGAAGGUCAUGGGUCUUCCACAAGACGUCAAGAAUCCACAGUUAUGUCGACAAGACAUCAUGCUCAGCACACCCCAGAGUUCAGAUCUGAAGACGGCGUCCAUUCUUCAAAAUGGCCUUUAACAAUCUUACAGGAUCACAUUACUACAGGUCAAAGUCAUACAGAGCACAAAACAAUCAUCACAGAAGAAAAGACAGCUUCACAUUUGUCUCCCUUGGCCACCUCAAGACGGCAGACAAAAGGGAGCUCUGAUUACUCUAACCAGCAUGAAGGUACUUCUGAAGGUCAUGGGCCUUCCACAAGAGGUCAAGAACCCACAAUAAUGUCCACAAGAAAUCAAGAUGGGGACACCCCAGGGCUGAGACCUGAAGAUGGUGUCUUGUCUUCAAAAAUGCACUCACAAAUCACCCAGGACCAACACAUUGGUAAGAGUAACACUGAGAAUAAAACCACAGAGGUGCAAAUCACCACAGGAGAAAGUGAGUCACCUUCACAUUUCUCCUCCAUCGCCAGCUCAAAAGGGCAGACGAAAAGAAGCUUGGAUUACUUUCAAAACAACCAAACCACAAGUACACCAACCGAACAGACUACGUUAAUGUUGCAGGAAAACAUUACCACUGGAGAUCAGCAUCAAACAUCACAUAUAUUCAAAUCCACUGACAAGGCUGGUGUGACGGAUAAUCAACUACAAGAAUUUUCAAGAUCUACAGUUAAGAUCUUCAACCCAGAGACCAAUCACACACAUUUCCAAACUACUGAAGCUACUACAUAUGAAUCUGAAAAAGUAUCAGCAGUUCCUCAGACCAACAUAACGACUACAAAAUGGUCCGCACAAACCCAAGAAACUGAAGGAACCAAGGCAACCCCAGGUCACCUAGUACAGUAUACAACCAACACAAAUACUAAUUUGACAACUACAAGCAACAAAACAAAUCACACUGCUCCUGCUGUCAGUACUUCCACAAUGGAAGUCCACAUCACAAGAAACAGAACCAUGACUACAGCAGGCUCUUCCACUGGUCUCAUUUCAACUGUUAACACAGAGACUGUCACCACUGCCACAGCCACCACGGAUAAGAAAACAGACAAAACCAUCACAAGAGGUAUGACUACCUUCACUACUACAUUUAUGACCACUUUCUCCACUCAAUCGAGCAAGAAACAAACUACUACAAAAAACAAGCAAGACACCUCAAAUAAUUCACAGCAAGGAGGUAAUGGUAAUGCAGGUCCUAUAGUAGCAAGUCUGAUUGGAAGUGUACUGGUUCUUAUGCUCAUAGCAAUUGUGGUAAUCUUAGCAAAAAAACGUCGGCUGGAUAAAAAGAAGCUGGAGAACUCCGACUGGGCUGGUCCUUCACCGUUCCUCGAAGGUGAUAGCCAGCCGGGCCCGCAUGGCAAUGGUGAGGACGGGCCGUUCCGACGCGACACCAAAAGGAUCUCACUCCACUCGUUUUUUCCCCAGAGGUUCUCUCAACGGCUUUCGUUGCUGGUAGAAGAGGAGGUCCAGAUGAACGACAUUGCAGCAAGUAGCACAUUUGGCAGGAAUGAGCAACCACAGAAUGGAAAACCAGCAGUGGAACAGGACCAGAUCCAGACACAAAAAACAGACAAUCAAGUUCCAGCUCCUGAAGCAUCUUCAGACUCAACAGUCCCCGAGACGGUAACUGGGCCUGCUGUUCUGGACAACAAUGCAAAAUACCGAACCAUCGCCUAAACCUGAUGAUGAAACCAUUCCAUCUCCAUCCUCACAGACAAAUACUACCCCUCCACGUCCAUUCGAGGAUGUGGAUCUCAAUCCCCCACAAACAAACGUUGUUGAUGCUCCUCCUGCUCCACCACUACCCUGAACUCUGUGACAUGGAAAAACCGCUUCCUCACCAGAAACCGCUAACCAGAAGAGAGCAAAAAAAACCCCAGCAGAUUCUUAUCUGCGUUCAAAAAACAAGCAACUUAAAUGUAAAAACAAAAUGAAAGACACAGAACUGGUGUAACAUAGCAAAGGUUUGCAUUUUGUUUAGGAUGGACUGAUUUGAUUUCUAUAGCUUUGUCAAUUAACUCCUUUAACAAAAGAAAAGAAAAAAGAAAAAAAAAAACUUCCUUCACUUAAGAGUAAUAAAGUAGAUUACUCUGCCUCAUUAAGGCAAAUACUCACUUUAACACACUGAUUAAUUGUCUCUGCUAAGGCCUUGUUUUCAUUUAGACCACUAUUUUAAAAUAAGGACAUGUAGAUCUGCAAAUACAAAAAUGGUCUGUCUUUAGCAAAAAUGUAAAUACUCUUAAAUUAAUGACUUAUGAUUGUUAAUUUUGAAGGUUUUCUUUGUCAUGUUUUCAUCCAUCAUUAAAUGGCUACAUUGCAGUAUUAAACACUCCAGUUAUCUCUAGAUUGAUAUUGGAGAGACUGUGAGUGUGUAGGAUGCCAUUUCCUCUCAGUCUCUGCUCAUGGAACAGGAAAGCCUGCAACCCUCUAGCUGACAGUGCACAUAAAAUCACAAUGAGGUGUGUUUGUGUGUGUGAGACAGAGGGUCCAAGAGUGUGCAUGCGAGUGUGAUGGAGCGGCAGAGAAACACUGAGAAAGAGGGAAAGAGAGUAAAGCAUUGCUGAAACUGUUUGAGUGAGUUACUGCAGUGGCACAUGCUACAGCAUCUGAUCGCUUCUCUGAGCAGCAAACAACCUGUGAUCUACAACCAGGCCAGCCCAACUGCAGAACGCAUCCCCUUUUAUUGUCACCUAAUUCUGAUAGUGUCAUAAUUCUAACAAAAGGAUUAGGUCUUUUUUUCUUGAAUGAAAACCGUAAAUCGACUGCGCUAAGAAGAUGAAUCUGAACCUAAAUUAGGGCUGGAUCAAACACAUAAGUCAAUCAAAUAUAGGAAUUUUAGUUUGGAAUACAUUAUAAAUUCAUUACAGGUAUCCAUGUUACCUUGCUUAAGAGUGUCAUGUGUCUGAUCAGAACCCAGAUCAGUCAUGUAACAGCUACAAGCAAGACUUAUAUUUCUUUUUUUUUCUAAUUUAACUGUUUUAUAGCAGGUUUAAACCUUGAGAGAACAAAAAGCAGGUCUGAGAAAAGCCUGCAACUACAAGAAAAUUUUGAAUCUAGAUGUUUAAGUCAUUUUUGUCACAACUGGAGAUUACUUAGUUGUACAUCUUAAAUAUCUUUUUCCUUUUUUAAGUGAAAGUUACCAAAACUGGUAACUGUAAAUUGUAAACAGGUCGUUAGUUUUUUUUAAUACUGUAUCUAUUUUAAGUCUCACUGACCAAGUGCAAACGUCAUACCAGUAUUAGAUUUUACAUUUUUCUUCUCGUAUAUAUAUAUAUACAUAAAAAAAAAGACUUUCUCCAAAAACUUGUAGAGCUUGUGCCCAUAUGGUGCACAAAAAAGGAAAUGCCACAGCUGAACAGGAA